GCCACCAAGCAGUUGUGGGAUUGUGGGAAAUUCAAGUAAAAUUAUAUCUAUUAUGAACUCUGUGGAUAUUCGUAUUAAUAGUAUAUGAGUGGAAAAAUGUCAAGUUUAGCUGUAUUCCCUGCACCUAGUCUUCAAGAUACCAUAACAAUCACUGAAUACAAUUCCAACUUUGUUACUGCUGAGAACCCCAGGGAAUGUCAACCAUGCUUGUAUACGUUUGGACAGGUAAUAAUGCAUUUAAUAGAAACACUUGAAAAUCAUUUUUGUAUAUCACUAAUUAUUGUAGAUAUUCUUGCCCAAUUAAUAUAAUUGUUGUCAAUUAUUCUUGGCCAGUCAGAGAGUAAGGAUUUGUACCACAUAUCCAUGAUCAUCUUGGCAGGGGGCACCGGGGCAGGCCGCAGUCAGGGCCGGAUUAACAUUCUGCGGGGCCCGUGGCAUAUUAUCAGCGCGGGGCCCCUUGCCCCCCCCCCCCUAACCUUCCAACGGCAUUUUAGACACUGACUUCAACAAGAUUAAAAAAUAUCCUCUUGUAUAUCAUGCGUUGAAAAGUUUCCUGUGUAUUUACAAACGGAAGGAAUUAUACAUCAAUAAUUUGAUCAAACUGAAUUUCAACCCAGUUAACAUUAUUAUUACUUACAGGGGAAAAAUAGCUAAACAUGAUACUGUCCAUAUAAACUCCUGCCGUCUUCCACAAAAUUCAGCAAUCUUUUAGUAUUUAACAGUUUACUGCAAAUUUUGGUAUUUUCUGACCCCUAUGAUUUUUUUGGCCUCGCUUUCUGGAGCCCCUUGCCCAGAGAAGGAACAAAAAAAAAUUGUUUGCAGCCCUGCUUUUGGAGCCUCGCUUUUUAAACUUUGGGGCCUCGUGUUUUUUUAUUUGGGGGCUUUGCUUUUAGGGGCCUUGGACUCUUUGGGGCCCCACGCCGUUUGGAUCCCGUGGUGAAACAGAAAACAAAAAACCUGUUUCAGGCCCCACUAUUUGGGGCCCCGCUAUUUUUAAAUUUUGGGGGCCUGACGGCCCUGACGUUUUCUGGGGACCUUGGGCUCUUUGGGGUCCUGCGCUGAAACACUGAAACAGGGAACAAAAAAACGUUUGGGCCCAGCUUGAUGGGGCCUCGCUUUUUUAAAUUUUGGGGCCUUCACAUAUUCUGGGGGACUUAUGCUCUUUAGGGCCCCACACUGGCACACUGUUUGGGUCUCGCACUGAAACAUGGAAAAACAAAAUUCGGAAAAAAAUAGAAGAGAGUAAGCGCGGGGCCCCCAAAAGUGCGGGGCCCAUGGCAUAUGCCGCUUCUGCAUAGACGGAUUUUCAUAUUUUUUACCGGGGUGGUGCCAGAAAUUUUAGGGGGGUACGAGCCGUGAGCAGGUGACUGAAGCAACACAAAGUGUCACCAAACCCCAGUAAGGUCUAUAUUCUAGGGGUGGAGCACUAGAGCAGCGAGGGGGAGUCUAGAGAGCAGAAAACAAAUUAUCCCUGGAAAAAUUUGAAUUUCUAGCUUCGAAAAAAAGUUUUUUGAAGUUGUCAUAUCAAUGGAUUUGGCAUGUCCGAUUGUCUGUUGAGACUUGAGGGAGUUAAAGUUAAAUGAACCUGUAAAAGUGUAAACCCAAUAGGCCAAUACACAAUAUGCUUUUACUUUUAUAAAGUCAUUGACAUUGUAUCGUUUGAGUCCGAGUACAAUUUAUGAUACAACUCCAAUGUAAAUCAUAUUUGGGGGGUAAAGAUUAAAUCUAGGCAAGUCUAUUUCCUAAAAGAAUUAAAAACUAAAAAUAAUGUUUGUAAGAAUUCCAAACGUUCCUUGCAAGCAAGCUAUUUGCAUGACAAGGCACUGAAAACUCUAUUCAGGGGAGAUAAUAGAGUUUCAAAACUUUACAAUUGCUCCAAUAAAUCAGUGAAUGCAAGCGAGGAGCGAUUAGUUUUUUUCUAUUUGAGUGUUACUCCUACGUUUAUUUUGUAUCAUCAACACUCUGCACAUUGGAGUGGACUAUUUGAUUUUUUUUAUUAUGCCGAAUAUUGGGGGGGUUGAAAUUUUUUUUGGAGGGGUGGACAUUUUGUUUGGGGGGGUUAUAGCUAAUAUUGGGGGGUGGUAGCACCCCCCUGCACCUAUUUAGGUAGUCCAAGAACCAAAAAAGUGGCAUGGUACCAAAAAUAGAGCUGUAGUGUAAACGGGGCUGCAUGACCAUGCCAUACCAAAAAUUGAGCGUAGUGUAAACAGGGCUUUAGGGCUUAAAAAAUAGGCGUACGGAUGUACGAUUGUACUCCGAUCAAAUUAGUUUGGUGCACGCCAAGAAUUUCAGACAAGUACGAUCGCAUACACUUCCUACAGCAGAGCUGAACUGUUAUGCACAAGUCAAUGUUAACCUCCCACCCCGGAGAAAGGUGGAGUUUAGGCCUAUGACCCUGGGGCAUUCGAAGCAUUUUGCAUGUUAUUGGGAAUUGAUGAUUGGCUGUGAGUCUGAGCCACUGUAGGGGAAUUUGAAUAGAAUUGUUUCAGACAUAAACACAUUGCCUGUGUAGUCGUAUCGAACAAAUAGGCCAUUGUACAACGUCAGUUGGGCGUAAAAAAAUUACCUGUGGUUCCAGUUCCCGACCGACCAGACCUAUUUAUUUCUGCCGACCCUAUUAUUUUUUCAACGUGAUUGACCGUGCGACCCUAUUUUCUCCAGGUGGUUGAGGGCUGCUCACACAGCGUGCCAAAAUGGCAUCUGUUGUCACACUAAUUAUUGAACCAAAUUGCCUAAAUUCGUCCAUAGGAUAUACGCAUCUCUAGUUACCUGUAACAUUGAUGUCGGGACUCUACUGCAAAUCACCCAGCAAAAAACCGCCAAAAAACCAUGAAAAAAAUAUUUAAAAAAAAGUUUAUUUCCGACCUACCGACCCUAAUUUUUUCACGAUAUGAAACCAGAACCACAGGUAUUUUUUUUACGCCUUGCCAAUAACUGUCUUGUCUCCCGAACCACAGAGUAAGUACAUACAGAGGCUUCUCUUAAAUGUCGGCACCUUUGAUGUCAGCGUAAGGGCUUUUUUUGAAAAAUGUGCCAUGUUCUUAGCCAGUCCAGUAGAGAGGCUGCCUUUUUACAUAAACUGUGCAUGUACAGGUACUGGCUAAGAACAAUAUGGUGGCCAAACAAAACACCUUACGGUUUUUUCGCUGAGAUAAGUAUCGCUGAGAUCUGUAUGUUACUCUGUGCCCAAACAAAGCCGUGUGGUAAAGAAAGCCUUAAAAAGUUCAGAAAGUGAAGGGGGUAAAUUAGGCCUGGGCAUUGUAGUCCUGUUAAACCCAUUGCAAGAUAGACUAUAUCGCCAUCUGUAUUUUAUUCUCGUCAUAUUUUCUCAUUCCAACAAGAACAAUGUAAAAGUCAAGCUUUUCCCAUAACCUGUAGGUAGAACGGCCAAAACAUCCUUUCCAAGGAGUAAAUCUUUAACUGCUAUCUCUUGCUCGCGUUUGAGAAUCGGUUCGUGUUUCGACUUUUGAGAAGCGUUCUGUUUUACAACAGCUAAGCGAACACUUCAUGAAACGUAGGACAUAAUACUAUAAUGUUACAUAUUAAAGCGUAUUCACUUUUGAGUGACAGCAGCUCAGACUCGCAGCCAAUCAUCAAUUCCCAUCCACUGGUGGACAGGGAAUUCGAUUACACUGCCAAACCCAGCAGGCCAGGCCUUAAAAUAUCGGUCGGUCACGGACAUUGUCCGACCCAUUCGUGAAAUUGUCGACGUAGAAAGGAAACCACCGGACAUUCUGUCCAACCAAAGUGAAACUGAGGUUUAUUGUUUGUCCGACCCGAGUGUAUUCGUGUCCGACCGAACUGUAGCUUUGUCCGACCUAAAUCAAAAUGUACCCUAGCCCAGGACUAGAGGCUUGUGUGUUAAAUGGAAAAUCAGAGUACUAUUGUAUAAAAGGUGAACUGGAAAUGUUGUUUUAACUUGGUCGAGCGUGGGGCGGCGAGCGAAAUGGUGAAGUGGAAAACGGGCUUAAGUUGUCGAAGUCGUUUUUAAUACUGCUGUGCUGGCAAGCAAGCUAAUUUUGGCUUGGAAAUAAGUAUGAAACAAAAAAGAUUAUUUAAUAUUUUUACAACAUUUACCAUUUAUUCAUUUGUGUCAUUCAGACUUAUUUCCAAGUCAAAAAUGAACUUAAGGUCAUCGGACAUAUGUCCGACCCAAACUCAACGUCACCGGACAUUUUGUCAGACGGCCCUGGAAAAGAUAUUUUAAGGCCUGCCAGCAGGCGGUCUUUCCCAGGCUUGCCCUGUUUUAGGGACCGCCUGCCAUGCAGGCUACUCUCCACUUGACGAGUAAAAUCGUCUGGUGUUAGAAAGAGUAAAAUACUAAAGUAGGGUGCAUCAGGGUGCAUUGCCACUUAAAGGGUUAAUAAAUAAGCUAGCAUGCACUGAUGCAGUUUUGCUGCAAAUUGUAGUUUUUGUAUAAAGAAUCUAUAAAACUGUUUCUAUAAUCUUUUCACUAUCUGUUUGUAUUACCUGCUAUUAAAAUUGAAAAGGAACAGCCCCAGCUAUUGGGCUAUUAUAAAGUUGAGUUUCGAUGAGAAAGUAAUACCCUGCUAUGGGGGCUUUUGCCUACUUUAGGAAGGUGGCCAAAACAAAUACCCACCUUUCCCAGGGGUGGGGUGGGUGGGGGUUAGUAUUGACUCAUGCAUUACCCCUUUCUAACAAUGAACAUUAACCUCUAACCCUGAUUCUGAAAUAUCCAUAUAUUUAUAACAAUCAAACAUGAAACAUUGAUCUAGAAGCAUUGAGUUCACUGCCUAAAUUCUGGAUCGCCAUCUUUGUUUACAUCGUUUAAAUCCAGCAUUUCAAACGCAUUUCUAUACAGGAAUUUUACACGAAAACUAGUAUACAAAAUUGUACAUCAAAAUUGAUUAAACGUAUGUCAACUUAGUACAGAGCAUACAACCUUAUAUGCCAGGGUAAAGCUUUCAAGAUAUUGAAACUCAUAGUUUGCCAUUGAGUAGCAGUGCUCUCCCUUUGACAAGUAAAAUUGUCUGGUGUUAGGCAGAGUAAAACUAUAAUAAAAAUGGGCUGCGGUAGAUCAUGGGCAGAUAUAGUCUGAUUAACCCAUUCAGCACCAACACUCUCCCCUUGAUGAGUAAAAUUGUCUGGCAUUAGUGAUUAGACAGAGUGAAAUACUAAAAGUAGGGUGCAUUAGGGCCCAAUGCAACUUUAAGGCUAAAGUUAGGGUUAGAAUUAGGGGUAAAGAGUAAGGUUUAUGGUAAUUAAGGUUUAGGAUUGUUAUAAGUGCAAUAUAUUAUAGCUCAUUCUUUUAUAUUUAAUUAAACAAUCUUGAAAAAUUAGUCACCCUCUUGAAAAACCUCCCUCUCAUCCUUCUCCUUUAGCAACAACCCUUUUUUCUGGGGAUAAUUGUUUUGUUCCUUUAUAGCUUAUAGGUCUGUGUUAUUUGAGAACAAUAAACGAUCCUCCAGUUAAAAGUGGCAGUUUAUUGUGUAAAAGUGUGUGUGACUUUUUCUCAAUUUCUGAAUGUUAAACAUACGAAAACGAUCUUCUGAUCAGCUGAUGUAACUUUCACUUCUAUUGUGAUUAGUUGUUUCUUAAAUAUUUAUUGUUGAACGUUUAAGUCAGUAUACCUGUGAUGUUUUGUAAGGGUCAUUAUACCCAACUCUAUCUAAAUCACUGGCGCUUCUUCUCUGAUGCUUUGGAGAAGUGCAAUGACACAGAAGAAGUGCAUGCUAAUUUUGCUGCAGAAAAUGUUUUAAAAAAUUAUAUUUUGUUAAAAACUGAACGCGCCACAGGUAUUCCUCUUUGCUUAUGUUUUUUUUUUCAAUAGUUCAAAUGGCUGCAAACAAACGUAGUGUGGAAAGUUUGAAUCGUGCAUCUGAGAUAUCAGGAAUGAAUUUGUGAUUAUUUCUAUUUAAUAUACUUUUAAAUUUUUGAAAUCUCUGGUGCACUAUUUCCAGACUUUCCAGUCAGGAAACAAACAAAGUUGGUGCUGUCGUUGUGACAGCUAAAUAUGAGAAUCAAAAUUCAUGAGCUUGACAGAAAGAUGUCUGAGCUUGCAAUCAUUAAAUUUACAAGGUGCGAUAAUUCGCGUACCAACGUACCUGAGGUACGCCAAAAUUACGGUACCAAAAUUACGGUCUGUCUGUCUUUGUUUUUAGCCGAGUACCACGUAGGUACACGAGAAUUUGCUAUUCGCGUACUUACAUUUUCCUUCUAGCAAUAACUAGCAAACCUUCCAAGGUAUUCAAAACCGUCAUAUUGUACAUGUAGAUUCCACACAUCCGACAUAUUUUGGGAUCGAACAAGGUUGUCAACUUUGUUAUAAGUGUUUUUGGCGUUUACGUAGUAGACGCUAUAUGCUCUCGAUUAGAGAGUAGAGUGGAGGAUUCACUAUAAUUCUCGAAGAUUUCCGAAUUAUCUAAAACGUUUAGAUCAUAUUGAAUGGUUUACUGGUUUAAAAGCAAAAACUAUGGACAAUUUUGUAGAAACAAAUCUUUAAUGGUAUGUACGACAUAACAUAACAAUUUUCAAAGCAUUGUUGCGACUCGAGUGCCAUCGCUCUCUAAUCGCUCAGUUACACUAGAUUUGACCGAGUGUGCUAACAGCCUAACCUCAUUGAACCAUUUAUGGACAUAGCGUUAACAAGCGUUGUUGGAAAUCUUAAGUUUUAUUACUGUUAUUAGCAAUUCAUUAAAAUGCUUAUCAUGAACUAACUAAAUGAAUAAAUGUGGAGAAUUUAGUUUUAUGUGCGAUAUAUUGCGUACUAGUAUAGACGUAUUUAUUAAAUAAAAUAUAUAAAAUUCAGAAAGGUGUAAAACGCAAGACUCGGAAGUAGCCUUAGGUACACCUUGACUUUUAACUUUGUACCAGCUUAAGUACACGGCAAAAAUUGUUGGAGUACCAGUCAGGUAUGGCUAAAAAUAUUGAAUUAUCUCACCUUGCAUUUCCAUGCCAUAAUAAUAAUUACGGUCCGGUACAAUCAUGUAGCAAUGUGUGCACCUUGCAGAAGUAUAGCCGGUGCAGUCUUACCAAGUACAUAUUAGUAACCAAGGCUGCAUCUAAUAAUGAACUGGUUGCAUGGCCAUUAAAGACCGGUGAUAAAAUAUGAUGUUACCACAAACAAUGUAUUGGGCUGGUAGAAUAAAACUCUUCAGAAAGUGAAUGAAAAAACAGAAUGUGGAUAGAUUACUCAAUAUAUUUAUUUAUUUAAAAGGGUACAUAGUUGUCAUAAUAGUCAAAUAAAUUUCUACUAUUUUUGAACAUCUUAUAGUAUUUUAUACGGAAUAUCUCUCUAUAUAUAGCUUCCACCUAAUUUCAUAACUAAGGCAGAGUAUGCUCGUUUGCUGGUUGGAAAUUGAAGUUUGAAACUCUGGCCAAUUUUAGAAAGGCCUGCGGAGGAGGUACAGUAGCUUUCAAACAACCGGCCCCUUGUAACUAUAGUUAUUUUAUAAAGUUAUAAAACGGACGUGCAGAAAUACACAAACCAAAACACGUGGUUAAUUUUAACCAGAAUUGGCGCUAAGCAUGUUUUGAACAACGACAGUAUAGUGUAUAUUAUGUUUCUAUGAGAUUAGCUGUAGAUUGUGGAUAGAAAUCCAUAAUCUGGGAAAUUCAGUGAAACUUUAGCAAAGUUAGAUAAUGUGAGAAAUUUUGUCAGUGUCCUCUCUCCAUCUUGGCUAUAAUAUUUAUAGAAAUGUGCAAGGCAUACAUCAAAAUUUAAGUUAGACAUAACUACGUUCAAUAAAUUUUAUUUGUAUAAGAUAUAUUUUUCAGUUUUUUAAUAAAUUAGAGCUGUGGAAACUCCGGCUAUUUUAGCUCCGGCAUUCAAGACUCCGGCUCCGGCAAGGAAAUUUUAAGGAAAUUUCAUAUUUAAAAGUGGAAGCAGGCGAAAGUAUUUCAGUGUAAUUUCAGAAUUUAUUUUAUUCCUUUUUGAGCUUUCUCCUUUACUUAUCAAAUAUACGUGCUUCGGUGCUUGUUUAAACAAUGUUUUGUAGACAGCGUGGUAUUUUCGCCCAAAAUACAUCGGGGUCAGCGGAUUUUUGUGCUGAUCAAAAGGCUUUUGGUUAUAGAUUCAUGUCUCGCUAUUUAUUAAUGCUAACCCUAAUCCUCCCCCUAACCCUAACCGCUAACCUUAACUCAUAAACAGCAAGACAUGAAUCUAUAUCCAAAAGCGUUAGCAAUGCGCUUGCUGAAUUUUCGAAGCCACGAAUCGGAUCGGGACAAGUAAUUAAACUUUAUAGUAACUUCAAAUCAUUCAACUUAAUAUUUCCAUUACCAAAAGUUCAUUGAAAUAUGAAAUAAUUUUUCAUAAUUUUGUCUGCCGGAGUUUUCCUGCUCCGGCAAAGUAUGCCGGAGCUCCGGUACUCCGGCUCCGGCGCACAGCUUUAUUUUAAUUACAAUGAGUCAAAGAGAGGGAACAUUUUUUGGACGCCACCCGGUAUGUAGACUGUGCGUGACUCCUAUAAUGUUUAUCUUGGACUUAGAAAAUUACAAUUGUUCAGAUUCCUAAUUUCCAUUUUUAUCAACACGUCAACAGGAUGGAAGAUUUGAUCAAAUGUUAGCAACUGAAGAUCCAUUGAAGAUGCCAACAAAUCUUGCAAGAGAUUGUUUGUCAGAAUCUCCAUUUCUAGCUGUUGAAGAGUCACUUUCUCAGAGAUUGUACAAUAUAUGGUAUGAUUGCGUGUGUAUUGAGACUAAGCUUAGCAGGUGCAUCUCAUCCCUCAGAUUGCAGAGAGGUUUAAUACUUGUCGUGUUCUACAAAUGCAUUUACAGAGCACAUGCACGGGCAAACUCUGCGAAAGAACAAAUCAUUUUCUUCCCUCAUGUUCAUUUUUAUAAUACCACAAAAUAAACCUGUUGGCAGAUCAGACGUGUACUGUAAUUAUUAUGUAUAUUUGCUUUAUUGAAGGCUAUCAGAUGGCUUUAGUGGUGUUUUAGAAGAAUUGAGUGAAACAGAGUCUAGUGAAGGUACAGUAUAUGCAUGGACAGAUUUAGCAUAAUACACGCUUCCGGAAAGUACGUCACCUUGGUUAUAGAGCCUCGUUCUCGCGUUUGUGACACUUGGCGUUAACUAAUGACGUCACGUACACGAAUACGAGGCUCUAUCACUGGGCUCUAUAGCAAAGGUGACGUACUUCCCGGAAGGGUGUAUUUGUUUGGCAUUCCUUUAUGUUUUCUGUUCACUUCCCUCUGCAGAAGCUUUUCUGUCUCCCUCAUUCACCGGCUCAUUAUUUUCCUGCGUUUUAUCUCAAGCUUCGUCUUCGGCUCAAUUCCUAUUGGUGGUUGCUAGAGACCAUCAAAAUUCAAGAACCUUCCCACUUCCGCUUCUGUAAUCUGUUGUCAUUUUCUGUAAAUUGAUAUUUUUUCUGUAUCGAUUACCAAAUUGUCAGCAACUAUGGCGACUCAAUUUAGUUUUCUUUGUUUUUAUUUGAUAAUUUCUAGCGAAGGAUGCAUUUUUCGUCAUAUUUGCUGCAUUUUAACACAAAACCUACGAAAUUCGAAUUUUAUCGCCGUAUUUGUUUAUAAAUCGGUAACCAUCACAGUAAUACAGAACAAAUUACAGAAAAUGUCAACAGAUUAACAGAAGCGGAAGUGGCAAGGUUCUUGUAUUUUGACUGUAAAGCGUAAAACAAUCGCCAACCUGCAGCAACAAUCCUAAACUUUAAUCUAACUCUAAUUUUUACCACAACACCGGCGUGAAUUCGGAGUUUAAAUUUGGAACUAUCUUGUAAAAUUCCUCUUGUGGAUCCCUUUUAGUCAUUACCCUUUUCUCUUAGUUCGUCUUUAUUGAGAAGCUCAGAAACACUGAGGUGAGAGAGGUUAUACCGGUUACAUUUAUUUAGUAAGAGUGUAUGACAGUCAGAGCAAGUUAAUAUGCAACUUUCUUCUUUCAUUCUCAUAUAGUACCAGUUAUCAUUUCAUCCACCUCGCAACGUCUUCACGCGUUAUUUAAAUGGAUUGAAUACUUACCGGAUAGACUUGCUUUUAGGAAACAGGUACGUCUGUUGGUAAUAACAUAUUCCCCGUAUUUGUACUCAGAAGUAAGAAUUCAAAAUAUUUCAAUAUCAUGUUUCGCUCGCUACUCUGGUUUAAAUAAAUGAUUACAAAGCCCAGUCGAAUUGUAAUCAAGACCCAACGUUUCGACACUCCAGUCUAGUGUCUUCAUCAGGGGUGAUCUAAAACUGCGAUCGGCUUCUUAAAUACCCAAGGGAUGACGUCACCUGCCAAGAAGAUGCAUAUAUUCCUCUGGCAAAUAGGCACCGUCACCCUUAUGGCAAAUAGGCACCGUCAUCCCUAUUUGCCAGAGGAAUAUAUGCAUCUUCUUGGCAGGUGACGUCAUCCCUUGGGUAUUUAAGAAGCCGAUCGCAGUUUUAGAUCACCCCUGAUGAAGACACUAGACUGGAGUGUCGAAACGUUGGGUCUUGAUUACAAUUCGACUGGGCUUUGUAAUCAUUUAUUUAAACCAGAGUAGCGAGCGAAACAUGAUUGAUAUACCUGGUUGCAGUGAACGAACAAACUUUAUAUUUCAAUAUAUUUGCAAUCGACUUUUAGACUAAUGAGUAUAUGUCGAGAGGCCUUUGCCACUCAUGCAUGUUUCAAUUAACGUUGUUUUAUUUUUCUUUUAUAUAGUUCAAAGAACCUUUGGAAUUCGAUUAUUUGAGGUAAGAUAAACUAUAUCAAUACACCUGAAUGCAAAAAGUACAUAAAAAUAUGUCACAGUACUAUGCACGUUUAAAUAUAUUUUAUUUGCAGCGAACCCAUAAAAGCUUUUGCCUGGCAUCCACAUUUAACGAAGUUUGCCGUUGGUUUUGAGGUAUGUAGUUCUUCAUACCUUACCAACAAAAUAAAGAGGUUCAGAUUUGACUUCCGCUACCACUAUCCUUCACUCAGUGCUUCCACUUACAAGGAUUUUUCCCUGCAGCAAGGAAAUAUUGGUCCUUGCAAGAAAUUUACAAGGAAAUAAAAUUUACAAGGAAAUGGCAAGGAAAAAUACAAAAAUUAAAGGAAAUUGCAAGGAUUUCUGUAACUUAUACCAGUUACAAGUCUUAAACCAGUAAAAAUCAACUUAUAAAUAUUAUAGGUCCAACAAAACAGGUACAGAAGAAUCUGAAAAUGCCAUUUCCGGCGAUCUAGGACUUAUAUAAAUUUCAAAAUUUGCCGUUCAGCGCCUUCUGCCAUUCAACCCCUCCACCAUUAUCAAGCACCUUACGUCCCUCAUUCCCUGGAUGAACAACAUAAACAUAUAUGUGGAGCAGAUACUUUUGAAAGCAGGGAACUCUUGAAAGCUUGUCCAAAUUUUCAGGCAAUGUAAUGAUGCUCGAUGUCUCGUAGGGUCAAAUAAUACAUUUGCCUCAAAUUUGCCAGAAUUUUCUUGAUUUUUUCCACCGUUUGGGUGGCAAGGAAAUUUUUGGGGAAAAAAGGAAUUUUGGAGAUUGUAAAAGGAUUUUUGAACAAACGGUUGUGGAAGCACUGCCUUUGUACCUUUGCUUUGUACGCAUCUGAUUGGUUAGUCGGAUAGUUCAAAUGCAUCUGAUUGGUUAAUCGGAUAGUUCAAAUGCAUCUGAUUGGUUAGUCGGAUAGUUUAAAUGCAUCUGAUUGGUUAAUCGAAUAGUUCAAAUGCAUCUGAUUGGUUUAUGGCUCCUUAAUGGUAGCGGUAUAGCGGUAGUGGAAGUAAAGGCUGAACCUCUAUAAUAUUUAUUUCAAGACGAAUUGAAAAAUUUGUUAAAGUAAAUGAAAGCAAGUGAUACUUAGUGUUUUUACUUUUAAUUAGGAUGAUUCCAUUAGAAUCUUCAUUGUGAAAAGGUAAUUCAAUACACGAGAAGGAAUAUGUUGUGAGUGUGUAGCUGCGAAAUAUUUCAAAUGUUUAAAUAAACACUUUGGCGUCACGCAAGGCAUGUUGUCAAGGCGGUGCCACUAUAUAAUUGUAUGCCUUAAUAUGCCUCACGUGACAUCAAAAUGUGAAAUCACUUUAACGGACUGUUUCAUAUGAGUCGGGCUAGCCACUGCCGUAGGAAGUUCUUUUGGAUUGUGCUGUGAAAAUCAUUAAGAGGGGGAGGAGAUUAAAAUCCCCGAAAACGUCUGAAAAGCUAGCAACCCUUAAAUAUUGGGGGGGGGGGGACUGCAGCCAGACCGGUUGCUACGUCUCUGCUAGCCUGGCGGACGAGAACACAAAAUUCGUUUUUAUUCCGCAAAGUAUUAUCAUUGUCGUUGGCAAUUAAUUCCGUUAAUUCCUCACUUGUUUAGACUUUUUGGACAGUUUUUAGGCGGAAUAAAGCAUGCGCUGUUAUACGAUUUCCACCCAGUUUGCCGGAAUGCCCGUUUAGUAUGAGCUCGUAUGAAUUAGUGCAUUCAUAUGAGCUCGGCAAACCGGGCUAGCCCAGUUCCCAUGUUAAUCAAAUCUCGAAAACAUAUAAUUAUAUAUAAGAUAAAUAUAUGAGGCGGUUUACCGAACCAUAUCAUACAGUAUGAACUAAAAACAAUUUUGAGUGCAUGAGAAUUCCUUUUCAAUCAAACUAAUAUAAGUUAUUUCCAAAGAAAUUCCACGCAAAAGAUGAUUUAAUAGAUCAAGACAACCUCUUAAAAUUAUCAUUUAUUCCGAGAUUUAUUCCAUAUGUAAUUUACUGCAAUGUAAUUAAAAACUGAAGUAUAUAUUGUACUUGUAGGGGCUUUACAAAACUUUUAAACCACAGAUACCAGAAAGCAGUUUCUUGUUGUGCUUGGAGGUAAAUGUUGCACAUCCAAAUUUUUAAAACGAUGCAGGAUAACGAAUAGUGGAAUGAGGAAUUUUAAGGAUGCUUUUGAUCAUUUUCACUGUAUUUUUCAGACCAUUAUCAUCUUCAGUACUUGCUGUUGGGUGUCAAAAUGGAGUUAUGAUUUGGAAGAUCAAUCAACACUCGUCAGCUCUAAGGUGUGAUAUUAUUUUUCUAAAUUCGUGGUAGUCGCAAUGUGGGAACUUGUAAUGUGCAUUUGCUAUUGUCUCAAUUACGGAUACGUUUUUCAACGGUGUUGCCAGGUUUCUCGCUCACAUACAUGAGUCAGUUUACGGACUUCCCGAUCAGGACCCGAUAUAGUGUCUCAAGUCUUGUACUUGACAUUUUAAUAAUCAUGAUUUUGGACUCAACAGAACACCGUCACCGGGGUGUACACUAUGGUGUUGAAAAGUUUACAUUAGAAGUAGAAAACAGACCUCAAUGACUAGAUUAAUAUUUCAUUAAAAGAUGCAAACAAUUAAUAUACUCUAAUACUAUUUUUACAUUCGAAGACUUUAGGUUUCAUAAAAGACUAUUACAUUAUGCAUGCCAAGUAAAAUCUUGCGAAGGCGAAAUUCGCGAAAAAGCUAUAUACUGUAAGACUUAGGUUAGGUCAGCCUUCAAAACACCUGUGACUAUUUAAUAUGUUAAAAUACUUGCACUCAUUCGUAAAGGCAAGGAGCAAGUUCAGUUCAACAUUUGACACAUCCGGGACACUCAUUUAUAACCUCGUUAUCAUGGAGUCCAGGUGGAAGACUGUUAGUGUCGGGUUCUGCCUCAAGUGGAGUUAUGAUGGUUAGUUGUUUCACAUGUAUUGGUCGCUAGAUCAAGUUUAUUACUCAGGUAGACUUGCCAGAAAAAGCCGCUCAACUUAGCGUUAUUGUCCCAAAUUGUGUCUUAAAUCCGCCUCAGAAUCUCCUCCCUAGUUUUUAGCGAGCGAGUAAAUUGCGAAGUCUUUCCUCCAAGUAUUUCCUUCUUCAAAUUCUUUACCACUAUCUAAUACUAAAUAAUAUUUAAUUUUCUCUGGGGGCAGUUGCCCCAGCUAGGUUCUAGCUCGCAUUCUCAAGAAUUAAUUUAAAGAUGGAUUUCUUCCUGUUCUGUCAGUGCUAUAUUUUCAUUUUCAGGUAUGGGACGUAACAAUGGAAUGUGGAACAGCUCUCCAUCGUAUUGGAGGUUCGAUAUCACACGUGACAUGGUCACCUUGUGACACCAAAAUAUUUGUUGCUACAGAGUCUUCACUCAUCAGGUAAUGUGCAGUACCUUACACUUACAUAAAUUUAAAUUUUGUGUGAGGAAUAUAUUAAUUUGUAACGACUCGAAUCGAUUCCCGUAGGGUAGUAAAUCUAGUAACAUUACAAAACCUUACUGCUUUACACGGGUACAUACUUACGUUAUGUUUAUAUUCAGAGUUUGGGAAACGCAAAAAUGGACUUGUGAAAAAUGGACAAAUUUGGCAUCAAAAUGCCAGGUAACUAGCCUCGCUGCUGAAAGGUUUUAAGCAAUACACCACAACAAAAAGUUUUCGCUAUUUAUGUGAAGCGUACCACGAAAAUAUCUUCGUGCUAAUACGCUCAUGAAGACGAGUACUUGCGUAGUAGACUGCAUUUAAAAUAAUCCAUAUCUACUAUCCUCGUUAACAAUAUUUAUUUCUAACUGCUAAUCAACCUAUACUAUUGUAUAGGCCGCGUGUUGGAGCCCUGAUGGUAAAUUUCUGGUAUUUUCUGUUGCUGAAGAAAAAAGUCUAUACUAUCUCAGAUUUUGCGAACCUGUGGGUAAGCUUGUUUUUCUGUUAUCUUACCAUGUAGGAUAACCUUACCUUUCAUUUUCUUCCUAACCAUGCUGUUCCUUCCCUAACUACUGUAUACCUUACCUUAGCAUACUUUCACCUUCCAUAUCUGAUCUUACCUCGAUUUCCCUUACUUUACCAUACCAUACAUACCCUUACUUUACCAUACCAUACAUACCCAUACCAUACAUACCCUUACUUUACCAUACUUUACCAUACCAUACCUUUACCAUACCAUACCAUGACGUAGGUUCAUCCAUACCUUAUAUCAUACCAUACCAUAUACCUUAUAAUUACAACAUUUUACUGGUAUAAUAUAUUAAGGAAAUACUGGUAUGGAGAAUUUCAACAUUGGAGGUGCAAAAAUGGCAGUAAAAUGUGCAGAUCUUUCAGAACAUUCGUGGGGAGUAAAUGGUAAAACAGUGAGGUAAAUAGACAUUGGAAAUCACUCGAAUAUCAUCUUGUACUGUAUAUUGUAUACUAUCUAUUAGAAUUUACUCGCACAAUCAUGCAUGAGUAAGACAUUGGGAAAGACAAAGUUUGGUUCAUCGAUGUAGCAGCCUUGCAUGUGACAUUACUUGAUUAUCCCGAAUUUAUGAGUUCAUUACAUUAAGACUUUAAAUUGUUUUCGUUGAUCUGUUUGAAUUAUUUGUGUUUUACGUUAUGAAGUAUUGGUGGAUAUGUUACCAAUAUGGCGUGGGAUCCAACUGGUGAAAGACUUGCUGUCAUUUUAAAAGGUAGGCAUAACCUUUACUGAGAUUUCAGCAAUAAUAUUUUACAAUUACAAGUAUUCAACCAUUUCAUGGAUUUAUGUUUGGUAUUUCAUUGAUAGAUGAUAAAGGAAAUACGCAAGACUAUAUUCCUGUAUUUAAAACAAAUCUUGAAAAUAUAUUUGACUUGGUUCCGAGGUAGGAUUUUAUUGUGUUAGUAUUCAUACAGGAACGCUUUGCCAACCAUUCAUUUUCCUUCUCUAGUGGUUUUAUUCAUGGCUCACCAACUGAUGGUCAACCACGGGAUUUGUCAUUUCAAAAGAAUUUCAUGCAAGGAGCAUUAUUAUCCAUAGUAAGUGUAACUAUUUUACCAUGCGUGUGUGGGUGAAAUUAUUCACUGCAAUACCCAUACAAAAGGUAGUCAUGAGUUUGUAGUUUGGUUACAGUCUUUGGUCACAUCCGGUUUCAUCUCGUUGGACCUGCAGAGAAAACAGUUUCAACAAAACUGAUAGAUUUAUCCGGUAUUUUCGAGUGCCGUUUAUUACCACGUUAUCAAGACAAAGGCCAAUGCUACGUUUUUGAAAAUGUAAUUAAUCUAUUGUUUUCAUUAAAUGGACUUUUAACCCCCUUGCCCUUUAGAAAGGGGGAGAGGUGGAGGGUACAUCCCACAUCUCUCCGCAGGGGUGGAUUUGUCAACAGGGGUGCAAGGGGGUGCAAAAAAAUCAAAUUCAGAAAUAUGGCAUAAUUUCCAAGGUUUUUCCUUUUUUGAAGUCAAACUGAAGCUCAUAAUUUGCCCAAUGCCCAUAUCACAGGAAAUGGCAUUUCUAGGGUUCUAAUUUUCAAAAUGUUCCGGGAGCAUACCCCUGGACCCCCUAUAGGGAGCUCGCGCCUUCGGCGCUCAAGUUGUUAGGAAGCCAAUUCAUUUGAAUGCUCUCCCACCACCCCCUGAAGAAUUAUAAAGAAACACUCGGCUGCUCACCCAGCACCCCCUAGAAAAACCUUGCUGGAUCCACCCUGCCUAUCCGACUUCGCUCUCCAACCUAAACUCUGCGGGCUUUGUUUAACAUGGAAGAUUUUUAAGUGUGUCAGCAGUUAGGAAACCAUAUGAUGACAUAUUUUUAUUUCAAGAUUUGGUCGAGUGGCAAGAUUUCUUUCAUUCCAAUGAUAUUUUCACCAAGAACGUUGAUCAGAAACAAUCAUUCUCAACGUGAUCUUAUUAACGGACAUGGCAAUAAUGGACUUUAUUCAAACCAGGUUAACCACAGUCUAGAGUAGAGCUACUCAGUAAAAAUAGUGUGUAAAAGUUUAGUUUUAGUGACAGUGGCUGACACUAAGAAUUAAGAGAUAUAUACAGUAUGUGAACAGGCUAUCGGAAUAUAACCAAAUCUUUUUCCUAGGCUUAACUUUAGCCACAAUGAACAUGCAGCCGAGGAGCUAUUCACUGUCAGGCUCACUGAUGAGCCACGUUGAGCCAGCACAUGCUGUACUCUAUGCUUUUGCAGAUAUGAUCUCACCCCAGAUUGGAGAGUUUGAGUAAGACAAUGAAGAACGAAGACGUACUUGACAAUGUUUGCCCGUCUGCUCAUUAUCUUGCGCAUAUACGGAGUUUUGGUUCAACGUGUCUUCCCGUUAUAGAUCCAUGUCUCACUGACAAAUCUCCUAACCCUCACCCAGAAAAAAACAACAAGACAUGAACUACAUCCCGUCUCUGUUCUUCUGCCGAACGAACUUCAGUAUGCGCAAGAUAAUGCACUGACGGACAAAAAUUGUCACGUAUGUCUUCGUCGUCGUAAUCCGUUCUCUUACUCAAACCUUGGUUGUUAAAUUCAGUACCAAUAAACUACAUACAAGUAACCCCUAGCUACUUCUUACUGAACAAAUAUUAACGUCUAGUACAGAAGGAACGCGGAGUAUAGUUCGGAGAAAAUCACGGGAGACCCAGGCUCUAUUUCCUCGCGCCCGCCUGUGAUUUCCUUAUUAUAAGGGACAGUGAGACCUUUCCCCUUUUGAGUGAAAUUUUGAUCUAGACAAGUCUGGACAAAAAUUUCAUCACAGCUUGAAAGAGCAUCACAAAAUUAGUAAUAUUCCGAAGUUUCGUUGCGAAAUGUUGUCAAAUGCGGAUAAUAUAGCCUUGCGAAGUUUGCCGUUUUUCAGUCAUUUUGUAUUACAAAUGGGAAAUUGAUAAUCAGUUUGAUCAUCUGAUUAUCAAUUUCAACAUUUCGCAAUGAAACUUCGGAAUAUCACUAAUUUUGUGAUGCUCUUUCAAGCUGUAAUGAAAUUUUUGUCCAUACUUGUCUAGAUAAAAAUUAACGAACUACCCAUUCGCGGGCUAUAACCCAUAGAGAUACCUGCGAAGGCAACACAUGCACUAACCAAGUGCUGUUAAGACAAGAAAUUUAUUAGUACCACAAUCGUAUAUUACAUACAUAAAUUAAGUAGUAGAAUUUAAACAGUGCAAGCUACAAGCUAUAACUGCAACAACGUCUGAACGAGUCUGUUGUUACUGUGCCAGUUACACUUGACCUUAAAAUCAAUGAACCCAAUCAGUGAAUACCACCGACUGUUUUUCGUUUUAACAUGCAUGCACCUGACUAAAAUCGUAUAGCGUGUACGCCGGCUAAAUAUGUGCGUUAUAUAACAUAAUGAUUAGAUAAUUGGAGUCAAUAUUUAACAAGCAGCCAUUUUAUUUGAAACGCGCGGGGGUGGCUGAAUAGACUAGGCCUACCCAAAACGCCUGCUUGUAGGCACUAUUUAACCAAAAACAUGAAUGGUUGAGAGUUCUAUACAUAGAUAUCUCAUAUACACUAGAUAGUGCAUCUAAUUAUUCUGCAGUCAAAAAUUGAAGCCGUGAUUGCAGUCUCAGGUCGUUCCCAUGAAAUGAGAAGAUUCGUAUGUUUUCUAUUUCUUAAACAGGGAACUUAAACAUUAAGUUAACCCUAUUCCAAAUACGUUUUUAAACUAUUCAAAUAAUGAAAGUUAUUGUUGUUUUUAAGCGUUUAUUAGCAAGUGGGAACGACCAACAUGGCCGCCAUCUAUUCAAAUGGGGCUAACCGCUGGAAUAUUCUUGGCUUCAAUUUUACUAAAUGAGAUGCGCUAUCUAGUGUAUAUAAGAUAUCUAUGGUUCUAUAUUAAAAAAUAUUUUAAUGAGUUUGCCCCUACAGCGAAGACGAUGCUCAUCUCGAGGGCUCACUGGACUGAAGAUUUAUAUUAAUUGCCCGUGUACGUAUUGAUUUCAUCACUUCAUUCCAGUUCCAUAGACAUGCAUGUUCCAGUCUAUAAACUCUAUAAUUCUUUUCUGACUCUAUAUUGCAUAACAUUAUUAACAGCAUUGUUACAUUGGUAUGCGAGAGCUGCACCAACAAUGGGUGCCAGCCAAAAGACUAAAAUAUUUUCCACUAGAUUUUUUCUUAGUUGAAAUAAGUGAGCUGUUGCGAGGGCUGGAUUCAUCCAUACUCCUGUAGUUUCGGCGAAUAAAUAUGCUACGGUAACACAAACCGCAGGAGUAAGUAAAGGGUUUAUUGAAUCAUAUCGUUUCUUACGAGUGGCAUAAUCUGCAAAAUGACAUAAAAAUGUUGCCGAAAACUCGAUGAUAAAACCAAAAAAUACUCCAACUUUUAGCUGAGGAUUCCAACCAUAUUCCAAACGUUGUAAAUGAUGAUAGCUUUGAGAUAAUUUCCAAAUCAAUGAAAUGUAAAAAUAGCUUAAGUAUGCCCCAAGUAUUUGCAUAAACCACAGUGUUAAUACGUAUCUCCUUCUGGACCUUUUAAAUAAAUAUUCGACCAGCCCACAAGGAUUCGCUGUCCUUCCUUGGAAUAAAACUUUAUAAUUCUUACCAACUAAUAAACAAAAUGCAGCCAAUAAAGCAGCAUUAAAUCCGUACACGCGACCAAAUACACCCAGUUCAAAAACAAAUGUUGAAAGUUCAUACGUUGAUACCAUUUCAUUUAAAUAAUUCCGGAUUUCAGGAUCGGUUAUUUUCUCUAGAACAUGCUUGAAUAAAUAUCCUAUGCUUAGUACUAAUAUUAUGUGUAAAAUACAGAACAUCAAAGCCAUUACGGUGUCGUUCGUGAUAAGCAUAUGUCGUCGAGUGACAAAGGUAAAUCACAAUACACUAAUGAUUUUAUAAACUGAUUAUCAUUUGUCUAAAUAAAGCGUAGGAGUGAACAUUGCAUCAUGCAAAUUCUCAUAUCAUGCAAACAGCAUGUAACGUUGUUAGUAUUAGUUCUAUUCUGUGAGCUGAAAAUAUUCCUUUGUUUUUUUUGGAAAAG